GGCAGGCAACAGGUACCUCUCUGUGUGUGACAGCCCAGGACACAGCAACAGCUGCCAGUUCCUGCUGAACCUGCUGGAGGUUUUGGAGGGGGGACGGAAGAGCCUCUGACAGAACUGGUUCCUCGUCGGGCGUUUGGAAGAACCUGAAAGACUGGAAUUGUGUUUAAGAAGCUGACUGAGGGGAAGAGAGCCUGCCUGACAGCACCAGUUGUCAUUCCCAGUGCUGAAUAGACGAGAAAAAUGUCUCUUGUGAAGGAACGCAAGCCCAAAAAGCCUCACUACAUUCCCCGGCCCCCGGGGAAGCCAUUCAAGUACAAGUGCUUUCAGUGCCCGUUCACCUGCAAUGAGAAAUCUCAUCUCUUUAAUCACAUGAAGUACGGCCUCUGCAAAAAUUCCAUCACGGUCGUCACUGACCAGGACCGGAUCGUUAAAAACCCAAAAGUCAACUCUACGGACCAGAAGCAGCCAAGCAACGAACCCUUUGCUAAAUCCCCCGUUCCUGCUAUAAAUGGACUUACCGGUCUGGAAUCCAAAACCCAACACAGCGUAGCAAGGGAAGAAGCAAAGGAGAAUUUUGAUCUUAAAAAUGAGGCCAAGCCCCAUGUUGAGAAGACAACAGUGACCAAAGAAGUGACCCUGCCUCCAACAGCAAUCAUCGGUCAAAUCAACAAGCCGCCAAGUCUGGACGGCGUUAUGAGGCCUUCGGCCUUUAUUCCAGUUGGGGAACACAGACUGAAGGGAACAGAGAAUAUAAAAAUCCCUGAACUUUCUUCAGUUUCUACUGAACCAGCCAAAGGAGUGCACAGUAUUAAAUCUGCAUUCCACAGUCUGCCGACCCCAUGGAAAUCUGGACUGGUUUCCCCUGACUUUAGCCACAAGUCUUCCAUACCUCGUUAUAUCCGCCCAAUGAUCUCAGAAUACCCUCCGCAAUUUUAUUCGGAAACGGGACUACCCGCAGUUUUUUCCCCAUACUUGUUUCCACAGGCAGAGUGUGAGAAUCCCAUGCUCUCGGUCUACUCAGCACCAGAACAGAGGCCGUUCCUUCCGCAUCCUCUGCAAGCUUCAGGAUUACCUUUGCCAAAACCUAUCAAUGCACCUUUUGAGCAUUACAGACUUCUACAACAGUUCCAGCAAAACCCCCAGUUGCAUUAUGGAUUUUACAGGCCCACUGAACACCCAUAUUUUUCCUAUGGCUUAAAGGUACCCCCUGUGCCCAGCCUCUCUAAAGAGCACACGUCUCAGUCGGUGGACAGUCCAACCUUUAUCUACCCAUCUUCGCAUCCAUCAAGGUUGUAUCCUCUGGAAGGUUUUCAAAAGUUGGCCGAAAUUCAAAAGGAAACAUCCCCAGUUCCGGCCAAGAACCUUGACUCCAAAAGUGAUUCUGAAAGUGUGAAAAUGAGCCCAAGAGCAGGGAGUGCAGCAACUGGAUCUCCUGGUAGGCCAAGCCCAACUAACUUCACCCAGAACAGCCAGGGGCAUGAAGGCAUCUUUGAUCUCUCUACCAAGUCAACAUCUGAUAAGGCAGGAAAAGACUUCACAAGUGGCAAAGCUGUUAGGAAAAGCACAGACUGCCAGACAACGAUCAGCAGAGAACACUCACCAUGCUUCAGAAAUGAUGAAAUCCAGUCCCACUCCGACUGCUACAGCGAUGAUGCCGCGCCUCAUGACUCAGUUGCACCUCUUAACCUUUCCAAAAGGCCGGAGGUAGAGGACAGAGCGGUAUUUGAUACAAUGCACAAUAGUGACUCCAACGACGAGAGCGUAGGAUUCAUGGAGAUUCAGGACUUGCCUUUAAACCUUUCAGUGAAAGACUCUGGCAAUAACCAGAAAGCACUCUGUGCGGAUGAAAGACUCUUGUUACCAAGACAAGUCACAAGCUCCCCAAAUUAUCACUUCAUCCACACCGUAGACAAACGGGUACCCGCUACUACGGGUGUGCACUCCUUAGGCAUCAUUGAAAACUGCGAUGAGCAAAAACAGUCGGCAGCGGUUGCCCUUUGCCAGCUAGCCACGUCCAGUCCUGGGGUACCGGCAAGAGGGACAGAGGAUGAAUUCUCAGAGAAAGAGACAGUCGCCCCCGAGCAGGUUCAUCCAAGGGCCCCAGCAGCCCAAGAAACAGAGGCCGACAUUGGUGCAAGGGGGCAGAAGCGAACAAACUCUAAGGAACCUGGGAAAUCUCAAAGCUCAAAUAAAAAACAUAAAUCUGUAGAUUCUGGAAGGAUGUUUACCCUGCGAAAAAGGCCAAGGGUAUCGUAGUUUGGAACAGCAUUAAGGCUUCUAUGGACCAUUAAAUAUAUGUGUAUAUAUACUGUAGACCAUGAUAUUGGGGUUAAAAAAUAAAAACUUGGUGAGAAAAACUGGCAGUUUAAACAUCUAAACAGUAUUAAUCAAAAAAAGACUCACUGCAGGAUACCUAAAUGGUGUUUAAAGUUUUUAUUUCUAUAUAAACUCCUUUGUCCCUCUGUUCUGGUCUUCGUUGUCCCUCCGCUACCUAAGGGGUAAUAUAUACCUAUAUAAAUUCCAUUCCAGAAGACAAAGCCAAAAAGCUAAUAUUUAGCAGCAAAACCUAUUUUGAAGUUUCCCAUUUUUUUAUUUUUAUAGGAAGAGAGAGUAAAAAAAGGAAAAUUAUAAAAAAAAAGAAUGUUUUGCUAGCUACAAAGUACCUCAGCUCUGAAGGAAUUCUGCUUUGUAUUAUCUAAUACUAUUUUGUAAGUCAUUUCUGUAUAUUUAUGUAAAAACGUGUGCAUAAUAUUUUUUUUUUUUAAUGUGAAAGCUCCAUAGUUAUCUGCGAGGGCACCGCGCUGUGCUCUUUUUGUGUAAUAUUUAUCUAUAUAUUGUAAUUUAUUUUUAUAUAAGCGAGAGCAAUGGUAGCACUAGACCUGUAUAUAGUGAGGGGGGAAAGAGCAGAUAAAUCAAAUGUAUUUCUUGGGAUGUACCACUCUUUGCCUUUACGCAUCUGUUUGAAACUCUCCUAAUAAAAUAUAAAUAUAUUUAA